CCCAAAGCUCUUCCAAUCAGGUCCUGGUGAAAUUCCACAGUGAUGCUGCAAACGGAGGGAUUUUUGCCAUUUACUUCUAUGCCUACCAGCUCUUCAGGUGUCAGCCUCCAACCAUGGUUCCCAACGCAGAAAUCAUCACUGAGAAUGAGGAGUUUAACAUAGGUGACAUUGUGAGGUACAGAUGCCUUCCUGGCUUUACACUGAUUGGAAACGAAAUCCUGACCUGCAAACUGGGCACUCACCUGCAGUUUGAAGGCCCUCCUCCCACCUGUGAAGUGCCCUGCCCCAUGAACGCGGUGAUGACGGACUCCACCGGUGUGAUCCUCAGCCAGAGCUUCCUGGGAAGCUACCCUCACUUCCAGACCUGUUCUUGGGUGGUCAAGGUGGAGCCGGGCUACAACAUCUCCCUUACCAUCGAGUACUUCCUCAGCGAGAAGCAGUAUGAUGAGUUUGAGAUCUUUGAUGGUCCCUCUGGCCACAGCCCACUGCUCUUGUCACUGAGUGGGAACUACUCUGCCCCUCUGACUGUUACCAGCAGUGGGAACAAAGUCUAUCUCCGUUGGUCCUCUGAUCAUGCCUACAACAGGAAAGGCUUCAAAAUCCGCUACUCCGCUCCUUACUGCAGCCUCCCGCAGCCUCCAGCCCACGGACUGAUCCUCAGCCAGACGGGGCUGCAGCCCGGCUCCACGGUUCGCUUUGGCUGCGACAGCGGCUACCGGCUGGUGGGACACAGCAGUGCCACCUGCAGCCAGCACCCACAGGGCUACUUCCACUGGAACGAAGCCAUCCCGCUGUGCCAAGCUCUCUCCUGUGGAGUUCCCAGAGCCCCAAAGAACGGCGUCGUCUUUGGCAAGGAGUACACAGUGGGGACAAAAGCUGUGUACCACUGUGACCAAGGCUUCCAGCUGGCUCCUGGUGAGCCUCCCAGCACCGAGUGCCUGCAGGAAGGGCAGUGGAGCAACGGCAACCAACCCCCACCCUGCGUGGCUGUCACCUGUCCCGAUAUCAGCAGCAUUGCUGUGGAGCACGGCCGGUGGCGGCUGACCUACGAGAUCCAGUACCACUACAACGCCCAGCUGAUGCUCAUCUGUGACCCUGGCUACUACUACACAGGACAGCGGGUCAUCAGGUGCCAGGCCAACGGGAAGUGGAGCAUCGGCGAGCCCAUGCCAACCUGCAAAAUUAUCUCCUGUGGAGACCUGCCCACGCCUCCCAAUGGGAACAAGAUCGGCACGCUGACCAGCUACGGGGCCACUGCCAUCUUCUCCUGCAACACUGGCUACACCCUGGUGGGCUCCCGUGUGCGCGAGUGCAUGGCCAACGGGCUGUGGAGCGGGGCUGACGUGAGGUGUCUGGCCGGGCACUGCGGCGUUCCCAGCCCCAUCGUCAACGGGCAGAUCAACGGUGAGAACUACAACUACCGUGGCAGUGUGGUGUAUCAGUGCCAGCCCGGGUUCCGUCUGAUCGGGAUGUCCGUGCGCAUCUGCCAGCAGGACCACCGCUGGUCUGGGAAGACGCCUGUCUGUGUGCCCAUCACUUGUGGCCACCCCGGCAACCCUGCCAACGGCCUGACCCAAGGCACUCAGUUCAACCUGAACGACGUGGCCAAGUUUGUCUGCAACACGGGGUACCGCCUGGAAGGAGCAGCGCAGUCGCAGUGCUUGGCCAACGGGCAGUGGAGCAGCACCCUGCCUGCCUGCCGUGGUAAGUCUGCUCUGCCCAGGGGUGCUGGGCUGCCUCCCGUCCUCACUGACUGCUCUGCGUUCCCAAAAUCCAGCUUGAAGCUGGCCUAAGCUUGUGUAAAACACCUCACUGUUCCUUAGGAACGCGCAAGUGAUGUUGGAACUCUGAGGGCCUUCUCAGAUGUUACAAAUUCAGUUUUCCCUUGGGCUUCUCUUAAUGGUCUCUGCCCAGCCCCGUAUCCUCCAAGACAUGGAAUUAUUUGCUUUAAGUGGGGAGUACAAAAGAAAAUAUCAGGCUAGACCAUUAGCAGAGGUCAUCCUGAUAACCCUAGACCAGUUGACUCAAAGCAAACAUUCUGCUCUUUGCUGCAGAGCCCCUUUUCCUUACAUGCUGCCCUACUUGCAGUGAUGUUAGCAGCAAGUUCACUUCAAAUUCCCUCCCCUCCCUUCACUCUCUCAGUCUUUAUUCCGUUAAUUCAGUAUCUGUUGAUACUGUCACUGUGUGGGUCAAGAAAUCAGCCUUAGCUGGGUGUGAAAGUCCUGACCUGGGGCUGGACAGUGAGGCUGUGCUGCUGAGCACCACGUGCCAGGCUGUGAGCCUGCAGCAUUGCCUUCACUCU